AACCUGGACAUAGCACAUUAUUUGAGAACACAGAAAUGCUGGACCACUCUAACAACCACCAUGGCAGACUACACAGAGAAGCCAAUGAAAUACACAAGUACUGUAUGUAUGAAACAAAUAAAUAAAUAAUUUUAAAAACUCUAAAAUCAGGACAGUAAAUAAAGAACAACACUCAGAAAACAGGAAUUCCAGGCAUGAAACAAUCAGGGCCAGCUAACACCUCCCAACAAAGGAUUCCCUCAGGUAGGAAGCAGCCAGGCCUUGAAACUGCAAGGCUUUUCAAUGAUAAUCAAGGUGAUUAAUAUAUUAAUUACAUGGAUUUUUAAACUGAUUCUAUUGUAAUAGAGCUUGUGUUAUCCAAUUUAUUUACCUGAUUUAUGUAAUGUUAUAAUUGUUUUCAUGUUGAUGCUUUUUUAAUUUCAUGCAUUAUCUAUUUUAUGCAUGGCAUCUUUGUGUGCUAUUUUGUAAGCCGCCCCGAGUCACUAUGGGAGAUGGUGGCGGGGCAUAAAUAAAGUAUUAUUAUUAUUACUAUUAAUUGCAACAUUCAGUCUUGCCUCCAACAGGCAAGACUUCUUUCUCCCACCCUAGACCUUAUACAGAUAUACAAACCUCCCUUGCCUAGUUUCCAGUAUACAGUAGAGUCUCACUUAUCCAACAUAAACGGGCUGACAGAAAGUUGGAUAAGCGAAUAUGUUGGAUAAUAAGGAGGGAUUAAGGAAAAGCCUAUUAAACAUCAAAUUAGGUUAUGAUUUUACAAAUUAAGCACCAAAACAUAAUGUUAUACAACAAAUUUGACAGAAAAAGUAGUUCAAUACGCAGUAAAGUUAUGUUGUAAUUACUGUAUUUACGAAUUUAGCACCAAAAUAUCACAGUGUGUUGAAAACAUUGACUACAAAAAUGCGUUGGAUAAUCCAGAACAUUGGAUAAGCGAGUGUUGGAUAAGUGAGACUCUACUGUACUUCACAACCUCUGAGGGUGCCUGCCAUAGAUGUGGCGAAACGUCAGGAGAGAAUGCUUCUAGAACAGGCAUGGGCAAACUGAGGGGGAAAAGGAAGGGGCCUGAGGCUGUUAGGAAUUCUGGGAGUUGAAGUCCAAAACACCUGGAGGGCCCAAGUUUGUCCAUGCCUGUUCUGGAACAUGGCCAUACAGCCCCGAAAACUCACAGCAACCCAGUCCUGGGGAAGAUGACCCCCUUUGGAGGACACCUCCCAGCGGCCAGGCUGUGUGGUGGAUUCUGGGAGUUGUAGUCGCGCUGGACCCAGACUUCCCGCCGUGGAGAGCGGAGGCCACCCGCCCUGCCUGCCCCGCUUCCGCGCUAUCUCUCCCAGAGAGCCUUUUCCCGGCCCCAGGGCAAGGCCGAGCCCGGCUAAUCCCUGCUGAAAUCCCGGCCAGAUGGUGGACCCGGUGGCGGAGGAGGAGGCGGGCGCGGAGAAGGGCGGGAGCGCAGCAGGUGGAGGAGGAGGAGGAGGAGGAAGCGGCGGCGGCGGCGGGGCGGCGGCGGCAGCGGAUGGGGAGGCGGCGGCCCCUUCCUCAGCCGCGGAUGGGGCGAGCGCCUCUCUCCCCGGCGCCGCGGGGCCCGGCGCGUCGCCCUCUCCGUCUUCUCCGGCUCCGGCGUCGGCGGUGGCGGGAGAGGCGUCCCCGCUGCUGCACCUGGACCUCUUCAACUUCGACUGCGCGGAGGCGGAGGGCAGCCGCUACGUGCUGACCAGCCCCCGCUCGCUGGAGGCCUGCGCCCGCUGCGCCGUCAAGCCCGUGGAGCUGCUCCCGCGCCCGCUGGCCGAGCUGGUCAAGGAGGCGCCCGGGCGGUCGCUGCGGGUGGCGGCCGGCCUCUACGAGGUCUACGAGGUCGAGCGGCAGCGCAAGCUGCUCCAGUGCCGCGAGGAGCGGGAGCGGAUCCUCCGCGAGGAGAAGCGGCGCCUCUUCGCGCCCCUCCUGGGCUCCAGCGCCACCAGCCUCCCCGCGUCCCCGGCCUCCGCCUCCAGGAUGGCCCUCCGCGGCGCCUCCUCCGCCAGCCUCGGCCUCAACGGGACCUGCAGCCCCAAGGGCCACCAGCAAAGCAGGCCUGGCCAGCACCCGCCCCCUCCUCGGGCGUCCCGGGCCAAGAAGAGCCACUCGCUGGACUCCUUGCAGAAGAGGCGUGAGGGCCUCUCCGCCAAGACCUCCUCGGACUCCGGGGCCUCCUCCUCCUACAGUGGGGACAGUUGGAAGGACAAGUGGCCCAAGGGAACGGGCCCGCCGAGGACUAGGACCGUGUCCACUAUGACCUCCCUGGUGGGCCGCAGCUUCAGCCUGGGCGACUUGUGCCACUCCCCGCAGACCACACAGAAGGUGGAGCGCAUCGUGACAGAGGUCAAGCGGCGGGGGGGCCUGCGGGAAGUGCCCGAGAGGGACCGCAAGAUCGCGGCCCUGAUGAUCGCCAAGCGGCAGGAGGAGAGCCUCCUCAGCGCCCAGCGGUACAGUGCCCACCUGCAGUGGGACACCCAGCGGCGGAGGGCCGAGCAGCGGAAGGAGCAGGAGGAGCGGGAGAAGCACCGGGCCCUGGUCCAGGGACAGCGCAUGUGGGAGUCCCGGCUGGAGAAGCACCGGCGCCGGCGGAGCUCCGAGCAGGAGGAGGCGGCCUUGCAGAAGCAGCGGCAGAGCUUGAUGGUGGAGGAGAAGUGGCAGGCACACCUGGAGCGGCAGGAGGGGCUAAGGAAGGCCAAGCUGGAGAAGGCCGCCCAGGAGGACAAGCGGAAGAAGCGCCACCAGGAGCACAAUCUUAAAGCGCAGGAAGAAGGCAAGAAGGAGGCGGUGGAGCGAGAAGUCCAGCUCCUGCAGGACAAGUUGACCCUGGCUGCCCAGAAGAAGCUCCGGAAGGAGCAGCUGCUGCAGAAAGAGAAGCAGCUGCUCAACCAGGCCGAGAAGCGGAAGCACGAAGCCAUCCUCAAGGAGCUGGCGAAGCAAGAAGUCGAAGAGAAGGCCAUGCUGCGGGCUUCCGUGGAAGGGAGCCUGAACAAGGCUCAGGAGAACUAUGAGCAGCUGGUGGAGAGGAGGAACCGGGAGCUGCGGGAGAGAGCCAAGCGGGAAGACCAGCAGAUCCAGAGGGCCAAGCUGGCUGCUGAGAAGAGGGAGAAGGAACAGAAGGAGCACCUGAAGGCCUUGGCCAAAGUGUCCGAGAGGAAGCUCCAGCAUGCGACCCAAGUCGCUGAGGAAGUUGUCCAGCAGAAAGCCCGGAAGGUGGUCCAGAGCCGGCUGGAGAAGGAGAAGGUGCAGAAAGUCAACAAGAAGAAAGUGGAGCAGUGCGAAGACAUCCGACGCAGGGAGCUCCUCCUCUCAAUUGAGAAGAAGCUAGAAAGGAGUGAACAGAUUUGUAAGGAGAAGAAGAACAUUUUGGAAAAUGCCAGGUCUGUUGCUCGGGCAUCAUUCCAUGUUCGGGAAAAGGUCCGGGAAGAGAUGAAUAUCCGUACGUUUGACAAGAUGGCCUUUGAAGCAGAAAUGCAGGCCACCCUGGUUAAAAAAUAGAUCCUCCCCCCUCCCUUUCAGAUUAAGUGGAGAUAUAUCUUCCAAUGGCCAUUGUCAAAAGUUUGGACAUUUGAAAACCUUUAUGUAUUAUUUUUAAAAGCACACAAACUAUGGCAGCUAAGUCACAGACCUUUUUCCUCUCCUUUUGUUAUACAUAUGCAAAAUCUGUUUCAGGUGUAUCUCAUUCUUUGUUGAACAAAAAAGUAGUAUACAAUUAACAAAACAGGGACAUGCCAUUUUUUUAUAUAGCCGAAUGCUAUGCUAAUAACUUCCCCGAAAGCUAAAGGCCAUUGCAAUUUCCCUUCAAAUAAUGAAAUAGCAACUUUCAUUGAAGACCUUGAAGACUUAAUUUGAAUGCCAUUCACUUUAGAAGCAGGCUGCUUGCUGGAACUUGUACAGAGUGGCCCAGAAGUCACAAAGGGGUCCUAUAUAUAUUGUAUAUGACAUUAUAGUAUUGGAUGCCAUUUAUGAAAUAUGAUUUUUCACACGUAAUGUAAAUUUAUUUCCUAUAUAUACUGUAUAUGAUGCUAUGCUAUUGUAAAUUAAAAGUAAAAAAUAAAGGAGUUAUUAAAUAUUGAAAUCCCUUUGUGACUUUUCGCCCAUCCCGUACUUCUUUAUCCUAUGUGUCCUUACUUAAGAAGGUUUUAUUUUUUAGUGUUUGGUCCAUACAGUGCACUUAAUCCAUGCCAUUGGAAACAUUAGGGCUUAUAACAUAAUUUAAAAAUUAAAUGCAAAUAGACAUCUGAUUAGUCCUGAUCCAUGACACAAAAGCAAUGUUCAGACAUUUUAUUCAAAUAAAAUGACAAACACUCUAAA